AUGGGGGAGGAAUCGUACGAGCAGGAGACCCGCCGGAUGUUCGUGGGGUGGAAGGCCAAGUACGGCAAUACCUACAGAGACGUCGGUGAGGAGGAAUGCCGGUACAGGUUGUUCAAGGGCAACCGCCGCGUCGUCGUCCGGCUCAACGCCGCCGCCGCCGCCGGGCAAAACGUGUACGGCCUCAACCAAUUCGGCGACCUCACCAAUGAGGAGGUCCAAGAACGCUGCUACCCGGAGAUGGAGGACCGAGAGCUGAGCGCCAGGUGCCAAGCCGCUGUCCCCGUCCCCGACCCGGGCCCGGACCCCGUCCAUGUGAUAAAAGACACGGUGACUAACACGCAGUCCAUUGUUCGCAAGAGGCUGUUGCUAGAAAGCGAAGUUGACAGAAAGACAAAAGAUAGUGAUGAUCAAUUGGAAGGCAAAAGAAGGCUGAGAACUGAAAACUGGUCAACCAAAAAAAAAUGCAAGAGAGCUGGUGUUGAUAAAAACCAAAUCAUCACUAAGAAUACCAAGUGA